AUGGCUUCUGCAACGGGUAUUCCAGAGCGGAACCCCGCCGUUGAAGAGGAGGAGCCCCUUUUGGGACGACCAGGAGAUGUUACACAACGGCCAGGCCAGGGGAUGCAGUUCAAUUUUGUGACGGGAACAGCCAUCCUCGCCCAAGUGGGCGUCGUGAUCCUGACAGCCCUGGUCUGGGCUGCGGUCUUCAAGAACGACUUUAUCUUCUUUUCCUAUCACCCUUUGCUCAAUUCCUUGGCUAUCCUCCUGCUCGUUCAAGGUGUGCUGGUGCUUCAGCCCACCGCUACUCAAAAGGACAAAGUUACGGGCACAUAUGUACACUCUGCAAUCAACACAUCGGCAGUGGCUCUGCUCAUUGCCGGCUUGGUCAUCAUCGAGAUGAACAAAGCCUCACACCCAAAAACACGGUUCCAGAGUGUGCACGGGAAGAUGGCAUUGGUGGCUUAUAUCCUCAUCUUCCUACAGUGGAUCAUUGGAGCUGCUGCAUUCUACCUGCCCGAGACAAUCUUCGGCACCGUCGAUCGGGCCAAGUCGUUGUAUAAAUACCACAGAAUAUCGGGCUAUAUCCUCGCUGUCUAUUUGCUAGCUGUCGUUGCAGCAGCCACUCAGACACCAUACAACACGGGAAUUCUGCACAUCAAGCUGUGGGCUGUCAUAGUGGCAAGCGUUCUGGUGCUCGUGGGUAUCAUACCGCGAAUCAAAAAGCACAAGCUUGGAUUGUGA